GGGGUUGAGGGUGGGAUCUAGGGUUUGCCAAGAAGUAGCCCAACUGACUGGUGUCUUCUGUAGCAUUCAGGUGACACUGGGCACUCCAGGCUCUCUCCCCAGCUUCUCUUGUGUGGGAAUACCUCACUGCAGAACCAAAUAUUUUGUGCAUUGAAGUUCCAUUAACAGAUGAUUUCCACUUCAUGAUAAAGAGAGACUUGAGAAAUGGCUGCGGAAUAUGAAACGAGAUGCAUGGACUCCAAGUAAGCACCAGCUUCUAUGCAGUGAUCAUUUUACCCCCGAUUCCCUUGAUGUGCGAUGGGGUAUACGAUACUUGAAGCAUACUGCUGUACCAACAAUUUUCUCUUCCCCAGAUGAUGAGGAAAAAGAUUCUUCUCAGAACAGCCCACAAGAGAUAAAGAGAGAAGACCCGGAAGAAACAAAUACAAAUGUAGUGUCAGCGAAAGCAUCUGUAUCACUUGAACCUUGUACGCCAAAGAGAAACCCUGUAAUUGCAGAAAACGUAGAUGAAAAAGUAGAUGUAGUUUGCUCAACUGCAUUGAGUAAACCUUUACAAAUUCAAAAACUGCAACUUCAAAAUGGAGAAGACUUUCAGGCAGACGGUGUCGCUGUUGACAGUUCAUCUAAGCAGCAUAUACAUCAACCUAAUCCUAUUUUAAUGGCAGCAGCAGUCCAGAGCAUGGAAGCUACCAGUGUUCAUACUUCUGCAGAGGAUCCACUAGGUUGUACAGCUACAGUCUUGCAAUUUACAAACCCUAACUACUUGAAUUCAUCUCUGAAACUGCAAAAUGCUUUAGGUUCAAUUACUGACUAUGCAAUUGAAAAUCCUAACUCUCAUGUUGUAGGCUGCUCUGUUGAAGUACAGCCAACAAGUGAAAAUGCAGUUUUACUGAGUACAGUCACACAAACUAUUGAACAGUUCAGUGGAAAUGAAGAAUCUGUCAUUGCUAUUAUUGUGCCAGCCGAGAGUCCAGAAAAGCCUGAAAUAGUAAAUAGUUCUUUCCUGCCUAUUAAGCAAGAGUUUCUUGACACAGAGGAGACAGAAACAGAUAAAUCUGUGUAUAUGAAUGCAUAUAGUGGAAGUGACGUAUUACAAACUGAGCAUUCAUACUGCAAACAAGACAUAGACAGAGAUCACCUUUGGCAAAAAAUUUCAAAGCUCCACUCUAAGAUAACUCUACUUGAAAUGCAGGAGAUAAAAACUUUGGGGAGACUCAGGUCCUUGGAAGCUCUUAUUGGACAAUUGAAGCAAGAAAACCUGCUUUCUGAAGAAAAGCUGAAGAUUGUAGAAAACUGCUUUACAACACUUGAAGUGACUAUGAUACAGUAAAGGCUUUCGAUCAUUGUCCUAAAAUAUCUUUUAGCCUCUUUGACUGUCCUUUUGGACAAAUUAACUUUUGUUUCAGUCAUGGUAUUUUAAACAUCUAAUGCAAAUUGUGCGAAUAGCAAAUAUUCUUUAAAAUGUUACAUCAACCACUACCAAAGCUAGGUGGUAGAAUAUUGCUUAUAAAACAUGACUUGCAAGUAAGCUUUAAAAAAAAAUAAAACCUGUUAAAGUUUUUUUAAAAAGUAUAUGAAUUGUAUCAGUAAAGAUAAGUUAAACCUUUCUAGCUGCAGGCUCCUCUGAAACAUGCAACUCCUGCAUUUGGGGCAGCGGUCGAAUGGACAGAAUAAGCAUGUAGGAUGGACAGUUAUAAAACUGUUGUUUAAAAAAAAAAAAAAGUGUCCCAAUUCUCUUUCAAAUGAGUAAUGAGGUAUGUAAUACACGUUGUCCAGUGAGGCCACAAUUACUCUUUAAUCGUCUGUUCAUCUAACAUUUGUUCUGAUAGUUUUUUGUACACUUUGACCUUAUUAAAAUUGUUUCUGCAAUAAAAGGUGUUUCCUUUCAUUUAGUUCUAGAAACAAAAAUUCUAUAAGAAUAUUGUUACAGCGAACAGGUCCAUCUCUUUUUUUGGAUGAUUCAGCUCAAAUGGAAAGAACCAUCUUAAAUAGUGAUGUUUUUGCUGGUUAGUAAAAGGGAAAGCUCUGACUAUUCAGUGAGUGCUAUCUGCUCAGCAUUGAUCCUCUUACGAUCUAUAGCUGGGUAAUGCAUAUACCCUUAAUAAUACACUGAAGAAAACAGUGCUUUGCAGAGCAUAUUGCUAGUGAAAAUAGCAGAAUAUGGCUCAUUAUUUUUCUAUAUCUUUCUUGCUCUUCAAGAAAUGGAAUUACAAGACUAGAAAUCCACUCCCCUGUAUUGAUUUUAUUGUUUCUAAGCGCACAGGAUACCACUACAGUGGAAAGAUACUGACAAUUCAUUUUGAGGGAAAUUAUUUGCUUAAAUACUUUCUGCUUAUUCUGUCUGCGUGCCACACCUUAGAUCUAGAGUUCACUGUACGGUCUAGUACGGUGAACUAGUAUUAGAUCGUCUAGUCCCAACUGUACAUCGCAGUUGGACUAGAUGAUCAUUGUAGGUCCCUUCCAACUGAACUAGUCUAGUCCAGCCUAUUCUACAAUGAUUAGAUUAUUUGAUGGACUUGGAUGUAUUUUCCUUUAUUCAAAAGUGUGUGACCACCAUCAGUUCAGUCUAGGACUGAAGUAAAUGGGUUCCUUUGCAGUCUGUUACUUGUAUGCUCUAUCAGACAUGUUCUAAACUGGUAAUCUUUUCAUAAGGAAUUGAGGAUCAAGCAACACCAAUUACAAGAUAAGUUGCAAACUAGUCAAAUUUCAGAUAAUUUUUGAGUCUCAGAGUAGCUGCCUGGAAGUUGGUCUGCUAAAGCACAGUGAUCUAAGAGGUUAGUCUGUAUCAGUAACCACUGUAGUAGGCUUGUUUUGUCCUUCAACUUGUUGACUUCUUUCAGGCUCUAAGCACAGGAUGUGCAUGGGAAAAUUCCUGAAGAAGAUAAACAUAAGUUAUAAUAUGAUGUAUUAUUUACUGGGACUCUGUGACACACUCAUUUCUUUCCCUCUUAGUAGAGAGUGCUGUCCCUGUAACAAAAGAACGUGCUGUUCUGCCUUGUGUGCUCUGAAGUCACAAGGGGUGUCCUGUGUCCUCUAGACACAUUGCUGCUAUACAGGGUCCAAUCUUGUGAACGUUGUCCAGGUGGCCUCUCUGAACUGCAUAUUUUGUAAUUUUUUAUAAAGUAAGAGAUCUUUCAAAGUUAUUUACAAAAUGCUAUAUGAAAUUGCUAAAUGAUUUGGCAAUUUUAGAGAUUUCAUGGAUGUCGCUACAAAUCCUCUGCUAACACUGUAUAUUUUAAGACUUACCACCCAGUUCAAAAGUCUGCUGUAGGUCUUCAAUGGCAAUGAGAGCUUAGACACGGCGAAAGAGUUACGACACUUUAAGCUGUUGUCUCAGCAAAGCUCUAUUCCUGAAGAAAAGGUGGGGGGGUUUAACAUGGUAUUUACAUUUCUGAUAUAUUUUUGCCUUUACUAACACUUCCCAGUAUUGAAAUUGAGAACGUUAUUUGUGGCGUAGAUUUCUUUAAACCUGGGAAAAAACAAAUGCUCAAUUUUCCUUUUUUGUAUGGAGUUUCUUGGGACUAUAGCAGAAAAACUCAGUAACUUUACAGGCCUGUCACCAAGUCUAUGAAUUUCCCUGCUACAGGGUGACUUGGUCCAAUGUGCCUAGGUGGACAUAAGAGGCCUCUGCCUCUCUUCUUUACACGCGGCUUUUUGUGCCAAGUAGGUCAUUAUUAAGGCCUACAAGUAGCACUUCUCACCUGGGCCUAUUACCUGACUGUUGCCUAAAGUAACACCUGCUCUCUUACCAAGCAGGAUAUUACAGCUGUUAAGCAAACAUGUCUAACAAUAGAUGUUAAAUAAUAUGACAAUUUAUUAACCUGGUGUUUUCAAGUAGAGCUUUACAACUUUAGGUUUAAGUUUACCAGUUUUCCUUAAUUCUAAAUUUGACAUGUGGUUGCUCUCAGUGUGUCGGAUCAUAGUGUGUCCAUCCCAUCUUGGUGUGUCCAUCCCACCUCGGUAUGUCCAUCCCAUCCAGGUUCAUGGU